UUUUGGGACCUCAUUAUUUGCAAUAGGCCAGUCAGUCCUCUUUGCCAGUAACAGGGUUACAGAGCAUUCAUUGGUGCAUAUGAAGUAGAAUAAUAGGGUGCCAGUUUCAUCUUAGAUGUGAUGGCCUGGGGCUCAUGGACACGAGUUGGGCUCCCUUCAGGCCACAAGCUGAGCUCAUUUUCAGCUACUGAAUCCAAAACAGGAAAUUCCGUAUCAGAUUUGGCUGUUUGUUCACCUGCUGCUGCACGUCAGUCUGAGGGUGGAGGGAAGCUGUCAGCUGGGACUCAGUGGCCCUGUCCUUCAUAACAGAGUGGGGAGCACAAGAACAAGGAGGCCAUGAAAGACGGAAAGCUGAGUGCGUGUGUUGCAACCGUAGCCAUAUUGGUGGUCCUCUCUGUGUCGGUCUGUUUAGCCAGAAAUCAAGAGGAGCGCCUCAUUACUCACCUCUUCAAACAGCGGGCAUACAACAAAGACGUGCGACCCGUCGAGUCUCAAGAACAGGCGGUGGAUGUCUUCUUGGGCCUCACCUUGUCAAACCUCAUCUCACUGAAAGAAGCGGAUGAGACGUUAACUACAAAUGUGUGGAUGGAGCAUGGGUGGUAUGACACCCGCCUCUCCUGGAACUCCAGCGAGUUUGAUGACAUACAUAUAUUGAGAUUGCCCCCCAGUAUGGUAUGGCUUCCAGAGAUCGUCUUGGAGAACAAUAAUGAUGCUCAGUUCCAGGUGGCUUACUACUGCAAUGUCCUGCUCUACUCAAAUGGAUAUGUCUACUGGCUACCUCCAGCCAUCUUCCGUAGUUCCUGUCCAAUCAAUGUUAAUUAUUUUCCUUUUGACUGGCAGAAUUGUUCUCUCAAAUUCAGCUCUCUAAGUUACAAUGCCAAAGAGAUCAACAUGCACCUGAAGGUGGACACAGAGACAGUGCCAAACAAGAGUUUCCCUGUGGAAUGGAUAGUCAUCGACCCAGCUGCUUUUACAGAGAAUGGCGAGUGGGAAAUUAUUCACAAGCCAGCCAAGAAGAACAUUCACAAGAAUAUCCCCAUGGACAGCAACAAGCACCAAGACAUCACCUUCUGCCUGAUCAUCAAGCGCAAACCACUCUUCUACAUCAUCAACAUCAUAACUCCUUGUGUGCUUAUCUCCUUCAUGGCCUCACUGGUAUAUUAUCUGCCAGCUGACAGUGGUGAGAAGAUGACACUCUCCAUCUCAGUACUACUGGCACAGUCUGUCUUCUUGCUGCUGAUUUCACAACGUCUCCCAGAGACAUCGCUGGCCAUCCCCCUAAUUGUCAAGUACCUGACCUUCAUCAUGUUGUUGGUCACAGUGGUGGUGCUCACCUGUGUUGUCGUAUUGAACCUGCACUUCCGCACGCCAAGCACUCAUGUGAUGUCAGACUGGACUAAAGAGUUCUUCCUAGAGCGACUGCCACGGAUCCUUCACAUGUCUCUUCCUGCGGACGAAGCAGAUGCUGGGCAAUGGAAGGGGGCACUGCAGCGCAGGAGCAGUUCACUGGGGUACAUUUCUAAGGCGGAGGAGUACUACAGUGUGAAGUCCCGCAGCGAGCUCAUGUUUGAGAAGCAGUCUGAGAGACAUGGGCUGGUCAGCCGGAGUACACCUGCUGCAGCUUACUUUGACGAAGAUGGUGAGAAGACUGAUGUCACAGAGCAACUCUUUACAGAGAUAAAACCAGCGGUGGACAGUGCAAACUACAUUGUGAAGCACAUGAGGGACAAGAAUGAUUAUAAUGAGGAAAAGGACAACUGGACCCGGAUUGCUCGUACAGUCGAUCGUCUCUGUCUCUUCCUGGUGACUCCAGUCAUGAUUCUGGGAACAGUUAUCAUCUUCCUCAGAGGAAUGUACAACCACCCUCCACCUUUGCCCUUUGAGGGAGAUUCAUACAAUUACGAUUCAGAAAACCAGCGCUUCCUGUAGAACUGCUGAACCAAAAUAUCCUUCAAGACUUGGUGGUUAGAAGUUGAUGAAUAAACCAGUAAAUUCCAGGGCCAGAAUUAAAGGUUAAAUAGAAACAGACAAAAAAGAGACAGAAAGGACAGAUGUGAAUCAAUAAGUGGAUAUUAUCACACAAUAUGAUGACUAGAAAAGUAAAGAUCUGACUGUGGGGGCAAAACCUGUGAGAGAACUUGAAAGAUGUUUAUGCUCCUUAUAGCUAUGUUUCAUGACAAUGAAUAUUGACUGGAUCAGACGGGGGCAUUUAAAACUAUAGGAUACUGGUAACAGAGCAGAUUAGACUAUAAAAGGGUACAGAAGACAAGAUCAGACUCCUUGAAAUAAAACCGUUACAUACUGGCAUUGAGUUUAAAAGGUAAAAUUACAAGACUACACAGGUGAGACUCUGAAAGUUAGCAAAACAGGCUACUGACAUGUUGCAAAGCUGGCUUACCGGAAGGCAGAACAGGGACAGACUUCCAAAGGACAGAGUCUCAGCAUAAAGAACCUUCAAUAAUCUGAAUCUAAGAGGGCAGAGUAUAUUGACAUCUGGUAGGAUCGGAAUCUUUGAUUCUAAGAUCUUACUUGAUUGGAUCUUACAUGAUCAGAUUCAUAGUGGACACCGCUACAAGAAACGGAUAAAUCACAAAAUUAGACCCCUGGACAGUAGAGCGGCAGUAUACCGAGAUCUGAUUGGAUCAGACUCCUGGAGGGUGGAGCUAUACGGCACUAAAACCUUAAACAAAUCAGAUUCUUAGAAGGUAAAAUGGUAGGUUACUGUUACUGGAAAACUGAAGGAAAACAAAAAUACAGGGUUCUGAGAACUUACAAAAUGAAGGAGUGGAGUAGGUCCAUAAGAUCAAACAGGAUUGGACUACCAGAAGGUAGCAAUACUGAGAUUUGACAGAAUCAGAAUCAGCUUUUGAAAUACUACCACCUACUAAGAUCUAACAAAAUAAGACCUACAAACAAGAAAGAACGGCCAAAAGAGAAUGAUAGGCCUGAAAAACUGCAAUCUAAGUAGACUGCCAUUACCUAGUCUGUGCACCAGGCACUGGAAUUUCAUAGUAAUCUUCUGGUGUCUUUUCUUAUAAGUGGCCUUCUGGUAUGCUUAGCACAGAUUUGUCUUGCUUGAGUAUAUGGUAACAGCUGACAAUGCAGUGGACAGCUGUGUCAGACUCAGGCUCCCAAAAUAACUUUCCAAGGCACAAAACGGAUUAGAAGGACAUGUGCAAAGACCCUCCACUUUAGAAAACAAAGCAAAUAACAGAAAGAAAAUAAGUUUGUCACAUCUUAGGUCUUUGUCGUCUAUGAAAAAGACAGGCAAGAUGAAACCUAAGCAUAUACUAGUAGGGACUCAUCAGUACUAUGAAAUCUUUAACUGCAUCUAAUGAAGGUUUAUUCAAAGGUAUGAUUAAAAAAAAACCCUCCAUUUAACAUAGGCACCCUCCGAUUCUUUGUGGAAUGUUCUGCUCUGGAUUCUUUAAAUAGCUUUGGCAGGAACAUCUGCAGUGGCAAGCAGAGGAUGUCUCCUUUGUGUUUUAUAUGUUCCUGUCAUUAGAUGUCUCCUCAAACCAACUGAAAAGCAAACCAAACCCCUAAAAAUAGUUUUUCAUGUGCUGGGCACAUGACCCAGACUGACCAACAGUGCAGGCGACUGGAUACAGACGUCGACUCUCAUGAGAUACCUUCAGUCAUAAGUGACUACUGAGUUCUGCAUCUGUUGUCAUGAUUUGCUUUCACUAUUUUGCACCUGAAAGAUGGGUUUUAGCCAAAUUUAGGUCCACGGCUUCAACCUUUUUGGGAUGUGAACUGAAACCUGCUGUUGCCUGGGUUCACAGUUAAGAUGGAGCUGGUCUGCAGCAUGUCAAUGACUUUUCUUUGAAACUGAGUAUUGACACUAGAGAAUACCUGGAUUCAACUUAUGUUGUUUACCACCAAUGGAGUGAAAUAUGAGUGUAGACCAAGCCUAACUUAAUUAAAAAACUAACUACAAACAUUUUUAAAUGGA